CCCUGUCGCUGCUCUCUUGCUCAGGAGUUCUGUCUUCGCAACCACUGCCCUCUGCUGCUGAUCUUGUGCCAUCUCCCGUUUCUUUCUUGCUACCGUCAACACGCUCGCUGCACCACCCUGUCUCGCAUUUCCAGGCGCCACUCUCCAUCCACCCUCGACGCUCUGCGCUUGCUCUGCUCUCCCUGAAUCCGUCGCUCGUUCCAUCCUCGACACCAGCCACGCCCUUCUGCCAUACCCCACGUUCUACCACCUUGGCCAUCUUGGCCGUAUUGGCACCACUGCGCAUCGCUCGCCCUCAAGCCUGGCGCUUGAAUCUCUUCGCUUUUGUCCGCUAGACGACUGCGACUCCAAGUCGCAUUGUCCUCCGACCACUUAACAUGAAGCUGACGUCUGCGCUCGGCGCCAUUGGCGCCUCGGGUCUAUUGCUCUCCGGCGUAGGAGCAGUCGACCUCGACAUCAACUCGCCAGACUCCAUCAAGCAGGUUGCCAAGGCCCUUGCUAUAAACCUCCGGUCUUACUACACUGGUGACCGGCCAGGCGAUGUCCCUGGUAAUCUUCCAGACCCUUACUACUGGUGGGAGUGUGGUGCCAUGUUCAAUGCCUUCAUUGACUACUGGUACUAUACUGGCGAUGACACAUACAACACCAUCACCACGCAAGCUCUGAAGCACCAGAUGGGAGAUGACGGCACUUUCAUGCCUUCAAAUCAGUCUAAGACGCUUGGAAACGAUGACCAAGCCUUCUGGGGAAUGGCCGCUCUGUCCGCAGCAGAGAACAAGCUUCCUGAUCUCCCAGACAACCAGCCCUCUUGGCUGUCUCUAGCUCAGGCCGUCUUCAACACCCAGUAUAGGCGUUGGGAGACGAGUACGUGUGGUGGAGGUCUGCGAUGGCAAAUCUACACUUUCAACAACGGUUACAACUACAAGAACACCAUUUCUAAUGGCUGCUUCUUCAACAUUGCUGCAAGACUCUACAAAUACCUCGGCAAUGACACAUAUGCCGAUUGGGCUGAGAAGGCCUGGGAUUGGGAGCAUGCCAUUGGACUCAUGAGCGACGAUUACCAUUUCUACGAUGGAACCGACGACACUCAGAACUGUACUUCUGUUAACCAUAUCCAGUGGACCUACAAUGCCGGAAUACACAUGGCUGGCGCUGCCGCCAUGUGGAACGUGACUCAAAACGACAAAUGGCGUGGCCGUGUUCAGGGUGUAAUGGAUGGAAUUAACGUCUUCUUCAAGAAUAACGUCAUGACUGAGGUUGCAUGUGAGAACAAUGGCAAGUGUGACGUCGACCAGCGUUCCUUCAAAGCCUAUCUCUCUCGCUUCAUCGCAUACACGGCUGCCGUCGCCCCUUGGACUCGUGAUCAACUCAAUCCCCUCAUCCAGGCCUCUGCCCAAGCUGCUGCCAAGCAGUGCAACGGAGGUCCCAACCAGACAUCAUGCGGUCUCCGAUGGAUCGAUGGAGGAGUCAACGAUGGUAGCUUCGGUGUUGGUGAGCAAAUGUCCGCCAUGGAGAUUAUUCAGUCAUUGCUGUACACUACCAAGCCCGGUCCUGUGACCUUGGACAAGGGCGGUAUCUCCAAGAGCAACCCCAACGCCGGUGACACUUCGACCGAUACGCCUAUUACAUUCAAUGUCGUUACUACUGGUGAUAAGGCGGGCGCUAGCAUCUUGACCAUUUUGGUUCUAGUUUCGAUUCUCGUUGGCGCUUGGUGGAUGGUGUCAUAGAUUUGCAUACACAUCCAACUUGUAUAUCAGUUGUUUGGACUAUGCAUCAUCAUGCUACAGUAUGUUUUUUCUCGGAAACUGUACAUUGUUUGGGUAAUUUUUACCGUGCUUUUCUUCAGAGAUGUAUUCGGAUGUUUUGAUCAGCGGCUCGGGUUACGUACUAGUAUAAUAAACACAAAAUUGUUC